AUGGGCUGUCUACCCCGCCAAUCCCCCAUAUGCCAAUCCACUCUCAUUCCCCCCUUGUCCUCUCCCCCUUCCCUUCACAUGCCAGACGAUGGGUACCGCCUCACGAAUCUGGGGUACGACUUUUUGGCGAUCAAGGCGCUCGUCAACCGCGGCACCGUGGCUGGCGUGGGGCCCCAGAUCGGCGUCGGCAAGGAGUCCGGUAAGUGGGGGUGGGGAACGGUGAGGAGCGGUGGGGAGGAAUGGAGUCUGGUGUGUGGGGAUGGGGAGCGGUUAGGAGCGGUGGGAAGGGGAAAGGAGUCCGACAUAUACGAGGUGGAGGGGCCGGAGGGCGAGGUGAUGGUGAUGAAGCUGCACCGGUUGGGGCGCACAUCCUUCCGCAACGUGAAGGCCAAGCGGGACUACCUGCGCCACCGCCGCGCUCACAACUGGCUCUACCUCUCGCGCCUCGCCGCCCUCAAGGAGUUUGCCUUCCUCAAGGCGUUGAGCGAGAGGGGCUUCCCGGUGCCAGGCGCCAUCGACUGCAACCGCCACUGCGUCAUCAUGACCCUCGUCAAGGCCUUUCCACUCGUGCAGGUGCGCGCAUUACAGCGGCCGCAGGUGGUGUUUGAUCAAGUGCUCUCCCUCAUCAUCCGCCUGACAGCCGUUGGGCUCAUCCACUGUGACUUUAACGAGUUCAACCUGCUUGUGGACGAGGAGGAGAACAUAACAAUGAUUGACUUCCCUCGAUGGUCUCCAUUUCCCACCGCAACGCCAAGAUGUAAUGCGCUCACCCCUUUGACACAUGCGCUCAUGCACGCAUGCGAUGCGCACAUCAUCCCCUUGCGCACAUUCUUCCCUCAGAUGGACUCCAUCUCCCACCACAACGCCAAGAUGUACUUUGAUCGUGACGUGGAGUGCAUCUUCAAGUUCUUUGGCAGACGCUUCAACUUCGCCCCCAGGAGACCUCAAGACCCAGCCUUGGAAAGCGCUCUAGCUCUGUCAGGUGGAGAGAGAAGCAACAAGGAAGAGAGAGAAAAUGGUGAACGGGAGAAUGACGAUGGGGACAAGGCAAAGAAAGGGGAGGCGAAAGAGGAGGAAAAGGAGAAAGAUGAGAAAAAGGAGAAAGAGGAAGAGGAAGAGGAGGAAGAGGAGGAGGAAGAGGAGGAGGAGGACGACGACGAGGGCACAUGGAGGCCUUCGUUUUCAGCCAUAAAGGCACUGGUGGAACGGGCGAGAGAGAGAGCAGAGGAUGGGGCAGCAGAUGAGGCGGGUGUUGGGGAGGAGGAGGGACGUGUGAGAGAGGAGGGUGCUGAUGGGGAGGAAAAGAGUGGGGUGAAGGAGGGGAGUGGUGCGAAUGCUGGGCUGGCUGAAAAGGGGGAAGAAGAAGCAACAGGGGCGAGAGAAGGUGCAGCAGAGGGUGAAUGGGAGGCGUGCAGAGCGGUGAUGCAGGCGCUCAUGCUCGCUGCUGGACCCUCAGACAGUGCUGGUGGUGCUGGUGGUGGUGGUGGUGACGAAGAGAUGGGGAGCAGAAAGGAAGAAGUGGCAGGGAGGAAGGCGGAGAGGAGAGGGGGUGGGAGGAGGGGAGGGCGGAGAGAGGUGGUGGGGACGGUGGCAGGGACAGGGCCUCUGGACAGACAGCUGGCAGCCAGUGGGUUCAGCAUGCAGAACGAGGCUGAGCUGGAGCAGGUGAGUGCUGACGUGGAAUGCUCGAGUGCUGAGUACAUGGAAGAGUCUCAGUGGAGAGAGACAAGCCACUUGGAAUGCAGAGAGAAUGGUGUGGGGGAGGAGGUGGACGAGGAGGAAGAGGAGGAUGAGGAGGAAGAGGAGGGUGAGGAGGAGGAAGUGGAUGUUAAUAGAGAAAACAGCAAGGAGAAUGAGUCUGCUGGUGAGGGUGCAGAGGAGGAGGAUGGUAGUGAUGGUGGGAAUGCUAGCGAUGAUGACAGUCAUGUACAAGAGGGGGAUGGGGACGAGGAUGAGGAUGAGGAUGAGGAUAAGGAUGAGGAUGAGGAUGAGGGCAUGGGGAAACCCAGACAGGCAGGUACAGAUGGAAGGGGAAACGGGGUUAGCAAGAGGGUGAGUGUGCGUGCAGGGCAGAAGCAGCAGAGGCAGCUGGAGAGGCAGCGGCAGCAGGCAGCACAGGCGGUGCGCGGGGGAGGGGUGAGGCGCGCGUCUCGCAACGCCAGCAAGGACAAGGGAGGGAGGAGAUCGCGCCACGUGUCCAGCCGAGCAGGAAUCGAUUGA